GAAAUAUCUCCUCAAAUGCUCAUUGCUCAGGGUCGGGCUCAGGAACGUGGAACGAGCCUUCUCAGGAUUGGAGAGUACAGCCAAGGUUUGCUCUGUGGUUGGCACAAGUGGCAGAGGAUGAGUGGCAUCCUUUGUGUUUUCCGCCAUUGCUUGGCCCUGGUGUUAGUCCGCUGGGUCUUGGAACUACACUGCAUGGCCGAGGUCCAAGGGCAGCAGGUCCCCAGGAUUCAGCUCCGAUUGGCCGGCCGGAGGAAGAAGGGCAAUGAGGGGCGGGUUGAGGUCUACUAUGACGGCGAGUGGGGCACCAUCUGCGAUGACGACUUCUCCAUCGCCACAGCCAACGUCAUCUGUAAGGAACUCGGCUUCCUCCAUGCAGAAAACUGGGUCCCUGGCGCCAAGUAUGGCAGAGGCAAAGGCAGGAUCUGGAUCGAUAAUGUGCGAUGCACUGGCAGUGAGAAGAGCCUGGCGGCUUGCGAUUCGAACGGCUGGGGCGUCACCGAUUGCAAGCACACAGAGGACGCCGGAGUAGUGUGCAGCGAGCAGAGGGUGCCUGGCUUCAGGUUCGUCAACACCCUCGACAACAAUAUUGAGAUCCGCCUGGUAGGAGGACGUACUCCGUUCGAGGGACGUGUGGAAGUGCUCGCAAAGAGGAACGGUGGCCAGAGAUGGGGCACUGUCUGCAACAGCAACUGGGGCCUCAUGGAAGCGAUGGUGGUGUGCAGGCAGUUAGGACUGGGCUUUGCCGACCAUGCAGUUCAGGAGACCUGGUUCUGGGGAGGUGACCCAUCUGCUGAUGAAGUAGUGAUGAGUGGUGUGAAAUGUUCAGGCACGGAAUUGUCCCUUUUCCAGUGUCUUCACCACGGCGAGGAGCUCGAUUGUCCCAAUCGAGGGGGACAGUUUGCUGCCGGGGUCUCGUGUACCGAAGCCGCGUCUGACCUGGUGCUGAACCCGCGGGUGAUUGAAGAGACCACGUACCUGGAGAAUCGGCCCUUGUCCAUGCUGGCGUGUGCCAUGGAAGAGAACUGCCUGUCCAGCUCUGCUGUCGGCCUGCCACCUCUGUCCAGCUUCCGUCGUCUGCUCAGGUUCUCCUCUCAGAUCCACAACAACGGGGAGGCUGACUUCAGGCCUAAGGCAGGCCGCCAUGCCUGGAUCUGGCAUGAGUGUCACAGGCACUACCACAGCAUGGAGGUGUUCACCACCUAUGACCUGCUGCUGCUGAGUGGAACAAGGGUUGCUGAGGGACACAAGGCCAGUUUCUGUCUCGAGGACACCGAGUGUGACUCAGAGGACCAGAAGAACUACCAGUGUGACAACUUUGGUGAGCAAGGGAUCACAGCGGGUUGCUGGGAUACGUAUCGCCAUGAUAUCGAUUGUCAGUGGAUCGAUGUGACGGAUGUCUCUCCAGGGGAGUAUGUGCUCCAGGUUGUCAUCAAUCCAAACUUUGAGGUGGUGGAAUCGGACUAUUCCAAUAAUGUCGUCAAGUGUCGCUGCAAAUACGAUGGGCAUCGCAUCUGGGCUUACAACUGUCACGUUGGUGGUUCUUUCAGCUCGGAGUCCGAAGAGAUCUUUGACCACUUCCCUGGAUUAAUGAAUAACCAUCUGUCGAGUUGGUAAUACCACAGGAGAGAUGACCACUUCAGUAAUAGUGACCGAAGACCAAGGGAUGCCCGGUGAAGUACUGUCAAUAGCGUGGACUGAUACCUAUGCAUGGUUGUCAAUGCAAUAUUGGUGCUACUGUCUCCACUGUAAGGAUAGUGUGCUGCAGGAACACAAAACCAUCUUCCUGUGCUGUCUGGCGUUAGCUCCAUUGCACCCAGCUGCUUGGAGCCACUUCACCAAAAGAAAAACACACACCAAAUUCACACUUUGGCUUCAGUCUGAAGCUGUGUCCUCCUCUCUCUCUCUCUCUCUCUCUCUCUCGCUCUGUCUCUCUCUCUCUGUGUCAGGCUGUGGGUGGCAGACAUGGGCAAAGCUGGUGUGCAUUGUGGUUCACGCCAGGAUUGAGAGAGACAGAGAGAGAGAGAGAGAGAUGGAGAGACCAGUAGCCAAGGAGAGCUGCUGCAGUGGUGCUUAAAAUGUCUUUAGGUUCUUGUACCUCGAGUCCUCCAAAGGGCAAAGCCAUAUCUCAGCCAGAAGGUAACCAGGGAGGGGAGGGGGGGGGUGUGGAGAACAGGGGGGGGGUUGGGGGAAGGGGGCUGUUGUUGAACUCAUUGCUGACCCGAAUGGUGCACAGAUACCGGUACCUUUUCAAAUCGGAGUGCCCAGGCUUUUAACAUUCAUUUAAGAUUCGUUUCUCUCGACCUUUUUUGUAAGCCUACUCAAUCCCGUCUGCUUUGUAUGAGAUGGAGCAAUGCAGCAGUGUGUCCUGACGUUGGAUAUUUACCUGAACUGUAAAGGAAAAAAAAAACCUCCAUCAGUAAUAAAACCAGUUACAGUGGCUUUUGUUUGA